CAUAUAAUUACUUCAAGGAGUCUAGCACCUGCCAAAUGUAGCAGUACUGUGAGGGUAAUACUGACCAGGGCACAGCAUUUGAAAUGCGACUUAUAGUACCUCCUUCGGCACUCGAACGUCAACUGCCGGCUAACUCUACAAAUUAACCACUUCAUCAAAACAAACGACUCCUUCGAAUUCCAACCUUCUAGUUGGCUCCCUUCCGUUAGACAUUGAAUGCACCCCAUGAUACCAACAAUUUCAAUGGCGGGCACCAUCAUCUCGGCACGUCUCGCCCCACACCUACGCCUUGGUCUACAGAUCGAUCUACGGGAUCAGUCAAAAGGCCUGCCUUCGACUUAAGAAGCCGGCAAGAUCUCUUCGCUGCGCAUCGCCACAUUCGCUUCGAGACUUCACGCAAAAGGACUUCGCCAUGUUUUGGAACGCCCUCGCCGCCGGCGCGCUCUUGGGGCAGUCUGUCUCUGCGCAGAACAUGCUUCGCUUUGCCUGCUCGCAACUCACCAUCGAGCGUGCUGACCCGCUCGUCACUCCUGGACAAGCCCCCGCACCCCACACGCAUCAGAUCAUUGGAGGAAACUCCUUCAACCUUACGAUGGAACCAGGCGUAUACGAUCCGCCCGCCAAGUCCACCUGCACGACGUGCACCUACUCUGAAGACUUCAGCAACUACUGGACCGCCUCUUUGUACUUCAGGUCGCCCGAAAACGGCACCUUCCAGCGCGUUCCCCAGUUUGCCAACGUCGGGCUCCAGCAGGACGGCGGAAUGACGGUGUACUACAUGCCCUACAGCGCCGUAAACAACAAAAUGACGGCCUUCAAGCCGGGCUUCCGCAUGAUCGCAGGAGACCCCAUGUCCAAGAAGAACAACAGGGUCUCCAUCUGCCACCGCUGCCUCGGCAACGGCGAAGGCUUUGCGCCAUGCGACGCUAAAGAUACUGGCGAGCUCCCGAACAAGUACUGCCCCAAGGGUAUCCGAGCCACCAUCAUCUUUCCGUCAUGCUGGGAUGGAAAGAAUCUCGACUCCCCAGACCACAAGAGCCACGUUGCCUAUUCCAACAGUGGCGGCCUCGGUAGCCCCAAGUGCCCGUCCACUCACCCCGUUUCUAUUCCUCAGGUUAUGUACGAGAUUAUGUGGGACACCGGUCGAUAUAAGAAUGAUGCGUGGUACGGUAACGGCAAGCAGCCUUUCGUGUACAGCUUCGGCGAUGCUACCGGAUACGGCCAGCAUGGUGACUACCUCUUUGGAUGGAAGGACGACUCUCUGCAGAAGGCCAUGGACGCUCUACCGACCGGCAGGUGCGCCAACGCCAACUGCAGCGUUCUCAAGAUCCAGUCCGCUAAGGACUCCAUGGCGUGCAAGAAGAAACAGCAAGUCGUCGAAGACGUUGGAAAGGACGGAAGCUGGAUUAAAGAGCUCCCGGGAGGCGCUGCGGUUACCUACGCGUAAGUUGAAAUCGUAGAUAGUGCCGGGCUUUGAGGACUGGUGGUAGUCGCACGGAGUCUUGAUUGAUUGAUUGAUUGACUGGGCGGAAGAGUCACUCUUUUGUAUUAUCUAGUUCUCCAUUAGUAAAGUUCAAUCUGUCAUUACCGUGGCCGG